UCCCAGCGAACAAACAGAGACGUCUCUUGGAUCAAAAAGAAAAAUCUUUGGAACGAAGAAACAAACACCAAAACCGAAGAGAAGAAAUGGCGAAGCGAUCUAGGGUUAUCACCAUGGCUCCUCUCGUUCUCGACCACGAAGAAGACGAUCUCUCCUUCUGGGAAUUCGUCAAUCCCUCCGAUGCCGACUACUCUGACGAUUCCUUCUCCGUCGACAGUCUUCCCGAUGACGUCAUUUCUCUGGACUCCUCGUCCCCUAAUUCUCCGUCUCCCUCGCCGCAGACUCUCCCGGAGGUUGACGGUGGUGACGGCGUCCCGGAUCUGGAUCUCGGCGGUGGUGAUUGUGUCGACGACGGCCGUGGUGGCUCUUGGCCGCAGAUGUUGCUUUAUUGUGGAGAUUCAGGUUUUUCUGCCGGCGAUGGUUAUGGCUGUCAUGGUUAUAGCCAUGAUAAUGAUGAAGGUAACGAGGAUCAUGGUCACGGUGAUGGUGAUGAUGAUGGCGAUGGUGGUGGUGAUGAUGAUGAUGUGGACGACGAUCUUGAUGAUGAGCUGGUGCCGAGGAGCGUGAGCGGAAAGCUGGGGAGGCAGAGGAUGAGGAAACUGGGGAAGAGAGCGUUCUCGAAGGUUUUCACUUCCAAGACGUCUCCAUAUUCGCACUUGAAACCUGGAUGUGUCCGCGGGAAGCACGGGCUCGGUAUGAAAUUCAGGUGCUGAUUGGAUUCGAGCACAUGGCACAGAAAACACCGUGAAGUUGGUGGCACUUCGCUAGAAUUCUUCAGUUUCUGGAAAAUUGCUUGUGUAAAUGGUAGUAGUUGAAUCUCUAAUCAUUCCUCUAAGUAAAUCGGGUUUCUCUGGAAAUCUGGUUGUCGUUUGUCAAGGACUUACGUUUUCGUAUUAGUGUUGAUUAAUGCAUAUAGCUAUUACUUCAAUUCUCA